UUUAUUCUCACUAGAUGGCGUAAAUUUUUUACUUCGGCAGCCAUUUUCUUUAGGAAACAGCGAGUGAAGAGUCGCCAGAUAGAAAAUAACUUUUCAUAAAGCCUUUUAGGCUUUGACUAGUAUCGAGAAUUAUACCAAUGCCAAAAUGUUUCCAAUUCCAGGUAUAUCCAGUAUAAUGAACCAACAACUCAAUGGUCAAACAUCAAUACCAUUCACACCAUUCCCAAUACAGCAACCUGAAGUACCACCACACCAAUUACACGAAUUACCACCACCUCAGCCAGCAGUUCCAAGGGCAGAUUUUAUAUCACCAGCCAGACCCAACCAUGGAACUGACGGCAAACCAAUCUUACUGCGGGCCAAUCACUUCCAGGUCCGCAUACCAAAAGGAGUUAUCCAUCAUUAUGAUAUAGCCAUUACACCAGAUAAAUGUCCACGCAGGGUCAACAGAGAAAUUGUAGAGACUAUGGUAACAGCCUACAGUCAGAAGAUAUUUAAUGGACAGAAACCAGUGUUUGAUGGUAGAAAGAAUCUGUAUAGCAGGGACCCACUUCCUAUAGGCAGAGAUAGGGUGGAACUAGAAGUCACAUUGCCAGGCGAGGGAAAGGAUCGUGUAUUCAAGGUAGCAAUAAAAUGGUGUGCUCAGGUUAGCCUGUUUGCUCUUGAGGAAGCCCUUGAAGGACGUGUACGACCAAUACCCACUGAUGUUACCAAUGCCCUAGAUGUUAUAAUGCGUCACCUACCUAGUCUUACCUAUACCCCAGUAGGUAGAUCAUUUUUUUCACCACCAGAAGGUUAUGACCAUCCCCUGGGUGGUGGUAGAGAGGUGUGGUUUGGUUUCCAUCAGAGCGUGAGACCAUCACAUUGGAAGAUGAUGCUGAACAUUGAUGUAUCAGCCACAGCUUUUUACAAAGCUCAGCCCGUGAUAGAAUUUAUGUGUGAAGUGUUAGAUAUCAAGGAUGUCCAUGAACAAAAACGACCUUUAACCGACUCCCAGCGUGUGAAGUUCACGAAGGAGAUAAAAGGUACGUACGGUCUGAAAGUAGAGAUAACUCACUGUGGUACCAUGAGGAGGAAGUACAGAGUAUGUAACGUGACUCGUCGACCAGCACAGACUCAGUCAUUCCCGUUACAGUUAGAAUCAGGACAAACAGUAGAGUGUACAGUAGCUAGAUAUUUCCUGGAGAGAUAUAAAAUGAAGUUACAGUAUCCACAUUUACCAUGUCUACAAGUAGGUCAGGAACAGAAACACACAUACUUACCAUUAGAGGUGUGCAAUAUAGUGGGAGGACAAAGAUGUAUAAAGAAACUCACAGACAUGCAGACAUCGACUAUGAUCAAGGCCACAGCUAGAUCAGCUCCAGACAGAGAAAAAGAGAUCAACAACCUGGUACAAAAAGCUGACUUCAACAAAGACCCUUACCUACAAACGUUUGGUAUCAGUGUUUCCUACCAAAUGACCGAGGUCCGAGGGCGUGUGCUGCCCCCGCCAAGAAUCGAAUAUGGAGGCAGGAUUAAGUCUGCUGCAGUCCCCAACCAGGGAGUCUGGGAUAUGAGGGGCAAGCAGUUCUACUCCGGUAUGGAGAUUAAGGUUUGGGCCAUAGCCUGUUUUGCACCUCAGAGGACGGUUCGUGAGGAUGCAUUAAGAAACUUCACCCAGCAGCUACAGAGGAUAUCAAAUGAUGCUGGCAUGCCAAUUCUUGGUCAGCCUUGUUUCUGUAAAUAUGCUACAGGACCAGACCAAGUAGAACCAAUGUUCCGUUACCUGAAGAAUACAUACCAAGGAUUACAGCUGAUUGUUGUCGUAUUACCCGGUAAAACACCAGUGUAUGCUGAAGUCAAAAGAGUUGGUGAUAUUUUGUUUGGUUUGGCAACGCAGUGUGUACAGGCAAAGAACGUAAAUAAAACCACACCACAGACCUUGUCAAAUCUGUGUCUUAAAAUCAAUGUUAAACUCGGUGGAAUUAACAAUAUAUUGCUGCCUAGUAUUAGGCCAGCUGUAUUCAGAGAACCUGUGAUAUUUCUUGGUGCUGAUGUGACACACCCACCAGCUGGUGAUGCAAGCAAACCAUCAAUUGCAGCUGUUGUGGGCAGUAUGGAUGCCCAUCCUAGUCGAUACUCAGCCACCGUCCGUGUUCAGCAACAUAGACAGGAAAUUAUCCAGGAGUUGUCUUCCAUGGUUAGAGAAUUGCUCAUACAGUUUUACAAGGCCACACGAUUCAAACCAACGAGAAUUAUCUUCUACAGAGAUGGUGUCAGUGAAGGACAAUUUCAACAGGUGCUGUACCACGAGUUACGAGCUGUGAGAGAAGCCUGUAUGAAGCUUGAGAUAGGCUACCAGCCUGGAAUUACCUUUAUUGUUGUACAGAAGAGACAUCACACUAGAUUGUUCUGUGCGGACAGGAAGGAUCAGAUUGGAAGGAGUGGGAACAUUCCAGCCGGUACCACUGUGGAUGUAGGCAUCACACAUCCUACAGAGUUUGACUUCUACUUAUGUAGUCAUGCUGGAAUCCAGGGUACCAGUCGACCUUCACAUUACCAUGUAUUGUGGGAUGACAACAGGUUUAAUGCAGAUGAACUUCAGAUGUUGACCUAUCAGUUAUGUCACACCUAUGUUAGAUGUACAAGGAGUGUGUCCAUUCCAGCACCUGCUUAUUAUGCACAUCUUGUGGCCUUCAGAGCACGUUAUCAUCUAGUCGAGAAAGAACACGAUAGCGGUGAAGGAAGUCGCCAUUCUGACAACAGUGAAGACAGAACACCAUCUGCAAUGGCACGAGCAGUCACAGUUCAUCCAGACACCACAAAAGUCAUGUACUUUGCCUAGAACAAGAAAGAUCCAAAGUUUUCACAGGGCAUUCCGAUCUCAAACCCAGUUGUAGAAUCAUUGUUCAACACAAGUGCUUAAAUACAUUAUAAUUAUGUGUCAAACAUGGAAACUAUGCCAUUUUGAAAAUUGUCAUAAACACAUUAUAUUUAUGUGUCAAAAAAGGGAGCUAAGCCAUUUUGGAAAUUGUCAUCCUAUGAACAAAUGCUCUUAAUUGUUGGAUAUUGUAAGCGUUAUUCAAUUAUAAGGCCGGGAAUGUAUAUAGUAUUUUAUUUUGUGCAUAUGUUAUUUCUAUAUAAGGUUGAGCCUCUCUGUAAGUUGUAUGUAGAAUUCCUCUAAUUUUGUCAAUUUUUGCAUCCAUUUCGAUUUCCUUACUUUAGACAAUUUUAUCACAUUUUUUUUACAUUUUGAAGAUUAGACAAUAAAAUAUUGGUCUUUUUUGGUAAAAAGUGAUAAAUUUAGAGGAAGAGAAAGAAGGUUGAAUGUAAUUAUUAAAUUAUUUAUUGAUUUUAUUGCAGUAUUUCAUUAUUUCUUGGUUGACAGUUCUUUGAAAUUUUACAGAAAAAAUACUUUUUGCAGAAAGAAAAAUGUUAGCUAGGGAAAAUGAUUUAUUGAUUUUAUUGCAGUAAUGCAUUAUUUCUUGGUUGAAAGAAAGAAAUGUUAGCUAAGGAAAAUGUUAGUCUGUAUAAUGAACGAAUCAUCCUUUAUAUAUUUUAUCUUUUAUUUAAUCAUUCAGUAAGAUUAAAACAUGACAACAUGAUUUUGUUGAAUCUUCAUGGUCUAGAGGAAACCUAAUGUUAUUAUAAUAACAAUGUAGAAAUGAUUUUAAACUUUUUCUUGAAGUUGCUAUUUUGUUAAACUUUUUGCAUGGAAUCAAAUUUUAAAAUCGUGUAUUGAAAUUAUUACUUUGAUUACAUUUUGUUGUACCACAGGUUGAAUUUGCCUGUAAGACAGAUUUUCUUUUUCUUCUGAUGCGAUCAUGAAAUAAUGAUCUUCAGAUUUGAAUUUGCCUGUAAGACAGAUUUUCUUUUUCUUUUGAUGCGAUCAUGAAAUAAUGAUCUUCAGAUUUGAAUUUGCCUUUAAGACAGAUUUUCUUUUUCUUUUGAUGUGAUCAUGAAAUAAUGAUCUUCAGAUUUGAAUUUGCCUGUAAGACAGAUUUUCUUUUGAUGCGAUCGUGAAAUAAUGAUCUUCAGAUUUGAAUUUGCCUUUAAGACAGAUUUUCUUUUUCUUUUGAUGCGAUCAUGAAAUAAUGAUCUUCAGAUUUGAAUUUGCCUGUAAGACAGAUUUUCUUUUGAUGCGAUCGUGAAAUAAUGAUCUUCAGAUAUUUUUUUUUAUAAAUGUAAAUCAAACUUUCAUCAACAUAAUGGCUGAGGUACUUUUUGAAAUUAUUAACUUUAAGUUUGUUUCAAAAUUAUAUCAUAUACCAGUUUAGAAAAUGAUUUUCGUCACCAUUUAAAUAUUUAAUUUUGAGAUUUAUGAUUUUGAGUUAAUUAUAUCAAGGUGCUGUAAUUAACAAAAUUGAUAUAAACAGCAAUAGUUAUGUAUUAUCUAUUGAUUGAUCAUUGUGGUAAUUUUAUAUAUUUGUAUAUACUCUUAAGAGAAAGAUAAUUGUUAGUUUAUUGACCUUGACAUUGACCUAUGACCUUUUUUGUUUAAAAUUUAAUUUUUUGUUGUACUUUUGUUUCAAUAUAGUAACUCUG